UCUACGGCUAGCUCAUGCUCACAAUUUUGAACUGAAUGUUGGGGUAUUUUUCUGCUUCUGUAUCCCGUACUGUACACACAACGUGCGCCGCACAACGAUUAGUUGGAAUCCCCUCAAUAGCAAUGGAGAAACCACCACUUCCACAGGUAAUACGAACUGAAUCCUGGCUCGAAACAACGUAGCAGAUUAUCUCCGGCACUGAUUAAUCUGUAUGGGUUCAUGAGAUGAAAACACAACGAACUAGGUAGUUCGGUUCUUGCAUCGUGGGAUUGGGCCAGCGCUGCAUGGUAGCUUCGAGAUUUUGUUUUCUUUCUGGUUGGCUGGCCAUCUGACAGGUCGCAUUGGUUGGCUGCUGGUUGGUUCUUCAAUCCCAGUGGUUGUGGGUUUAUUUAAUGGCGCUUGGGAGUUUGUUGGCGGCUGGUUGCCGUGGCAUCGCUAGGGUUGCAGCGGUGGGGGAGAAGCCGAAGUGGUUUCUUGCGGAUUUGCGAUCGGUUUGAAUCAUGUUUCCUUCUUUUUUCUUUUUUUUUUUCGGUUAAUUUACUCAAAAUACCUUGAAGGAUCCGGAAUAGGUUAACGACGUUUGCUUGAUAAUAAUAAAUGAGAUUGCUGUAGAUCGGGUUGAAUAAACAACAUUUCAGCGGAGUCUGAGCCCAUCUGGCGACAAACAACCGCUCUCUUGAGUAACUACUUGGCAUUGCAUCGAUCGCAUCCAUCUAUUUCCUAUCUCAUCGAUCCCUACCAUGAUUACAUUGCCUUUCCAGGCGAUCCUCAACAGAAGCAUGUAUACUCCGUAUAUGUUUACGAGCUGACAGAACGCAAAGUCAUCCAUGCGAAGCCGAAGCGUAUAUCACCACCACUUUAUACCCCAAUCGAUAUCCCAUUCGUACCCGAUAUAAUAUAAAUCAAUCGCUCCAUCCCCGCGGGGUCCUUACCCGCCGAUUCACGACGAAGAAGCAAUGCGACUACAAACCCUCUCACUCCUCCCGCUGCUGCUCCUGACCCCAGCCGGCGCCGAUAAUACCAAUUCAGACACCUUUCCCUUCUAUCAACCGCAAUUCAACGAUAAUACUAAUACUAAUACUAAUACUAAUAAUAAUAAUAAUAAUAAUAACAAUGCAAACCUCAUCCUCCUCGAUAGCCGCAGGGCGAAGGAGGCCGCAGCACUGGCAAAGCGACAGGGGACUUGUCCAGCUGGAUUCAACAGCUGUGCCCUCCUCGGUGCGCCGGAGGCAUGCUGUCAUCCCAAGGCUGUCUGCUCGCGCGACGAUGCGAAUAUCAUCGCCUGCUGUCCUAGCGGGGCGGCGUGUACGGGCCGUUUGUCGGACUCCGCCCAAACCUCCUCCUCUGGCUUCAUGUUCCCCCAACCCGGCACCUCAGCAACCACCACGCCCCCAACAGACCCCACCAGCACCCGCCCAGUAGUGCCCAACGCCCUCUUCCCCUUCCCCAUCAUCCCCACCACCUUCUCAAACCAGGACGCCUGCGUCUCCGCCUACACAGACUGCCAGGUGCAGUACUCCAGCUGCACGGCGUCGCUGGGCGGAGUGAAUGGCGUGACGAUUGGGGGUGAGGGCGGUAUAACUGUACCAGGCGUGCAGCCGACGGCCGGGAAUCCGGUAUCCGUGUGCUCUAGUUUGAGCACGGAGGCGUGUCAUGGGUUGCAGGUGGGGUAUUGUACGGCGUUUAGGGAUGGGGUGGGAUCUGGGGGUGUUGCGGCGAGGGGCGGUGGUGGGUUGUUGUAUGAUAUUGUGGUUGGGGUUGCGGUCGCGAUUGCCGGGAUGGUUGUUUAAUAUUUUUCUUUCUAUAUUUUGCUUUACAUGACGAUGGGUUUUGUUUAUAGUUUUGUUCCUGAUUAUUUUAGCUUUUUUUUAUUUUCAGUUUUUUUUCCCCAAGUCCGAUUUGAUCAUAUUAAAGCAAAUGGCAUUUCCUCUGUGUUCUGCUCUUUUACUCCUUCUUUUCAUUAUUGUCUCUUUCUCAUCAGUGCUGAGAGCUAAGGAUAUAUUACCAUGGCUCCUGACGACAAUUGUAUAUGUGAAUAUUUUAUAGCUUCCAAGUGGAAAUUCUUCAGUACUUACUGCCUUUGGCUACUUUCUAUUUCCAACCUUUUGAAUAUCAGAUAGUCCCAGUCCCAGUCAAAUCAUCCAUAUAAAAUAUAUGUCCGGCUCUACCCAGUUCCUCC